AUGGCGGCAGCCGAACUUGGCGCCACUUUGGCCUCGUCAGCCGUUCCUCUUCCUUUUCCUUCAAUUCAACAUCAACUUGGUCGUCGACGCGUUCUUCUCGUCUACGUCCACGCCAUCGCUCAACGCCUUCUGAUUCCAACGUCUUCUGAUCAACGACAGCUCUUCGAUAUAGGUAUACCCAAAAAUAUAUUGGCGGUACGGUCAGUUGAGGCCUGUUCCUUCUAAAUAUUCACUCUUGUUUUUUGAAGUUUUCUUUUUGACCGUACCGUUGGGUUACUGUAGCUUUUUAAAAAAAAAUAAGAAAUCGGAAAAGAAAAUUGUCCAUGUAUUUAACUUUGCACAGAAACUUUCAUUAAACCUUUUGAUUUUUUAGGGUUACUGUAGUUUUUUUAAGGGUACUGUAUGUCAGAUCGGAACUGAACCCUUGAAAUCCUCAUUUUUUUGGGUUUUUCAAAAGUUUCCAGCUUUCUAACCGACCAUAUCUUUGGUUACUGUAACUUCUCAAUAAUAAAUCGAAAUGUAAUACUGCCCAUGUAGUUGACUUUGCACAAGACUUUUCAUUAAACCUUUUUUUUAGAGGUACUGUAGUUUUUUUUUAAGGGUACUGUAUGUCAGAUCGGAACUUGAGCCUCAGAAUUUUCUUUUUUCGUGGAUUUUUUUAGAAAUUACAGCUUUGACCGACUGUACCUUUUGGUUACUGUACUAAUAUUUUCAGAAUAUUCUUUCUUACCGUAAUGCUAGGUUGUUUUGUGGAUACUGUAGUUUAAUGUCGUAAGGUUACUGUAUUUUUGGUUGAACUCAAGAUAGGCCACCCAAAUUCACGAAUCUGGCUUUCUAGAUUACUGUAGGGUUGAUAUAGAUGUGGAUUACUGUAGUUUUAUGCUGUAAAGUUACUGUAUUUUGGGUUGAACUCGUCCUAUGCCUUUCAAGUUUACGAUUCUGGACUGAUUAUUACUGUGCAACUGUAGGGUGCUGUAGUUUUACUGUAGAUCUACUCGGUACAUGUUUUAUACUAAACUUAGGAUUACUGUAGGUUUUCUUGAAGUUUGAACCGAUGCCGUGCCUUCCAAAAAGUUGCUUGGCUAUGAAUAAAGUUUCUACAGUUUUUCAGCUUACUGUAGGGUUACUGUAGGUAUAGAGCCAGCUCCGAUUUUGAGCUACAGUUCCGGGAUUACUGUAGCCUUUUUCCAAAGUUUGAACAGAUGCUAUGCUUUCUGAAAAGCUUGGCUUGGCUUUGAAGUCUCUACAAUUUCUCAGCUUACUGUAGGGUUACUGUAGCCGAGAAAUGGAAAAAUUCAUGUUCAAGAUUAAUAGAUAGAUUUUACUUUUUUUAAAAAUAUAAUGGAGCUUUUUUUAUUCGAACUUAAGGUUACUGUAACGUCCUUUUUCAGAAGAGAGGUUCCCUUUUUGUAAGUGGCUUAGUUUAUCCUGGUUUCCGUGUCUUUUUUCAGCUUUUUUGGAUUUGAAAACAUUUUUAGUGAGGUUGUUGUAGCUAGGAACUACUAAACUUUCUUCGGAAAAAUGGAUUUUUGGAGAAAAUUGUUGAUCGGAUCAAUUGAAAUUUUAUGGUAAUAUUUUCUAAAAAAAAUUUUUUUUUUCGAUUUUUUUUUCAGUUGGUUAGUUGGUUUAGAACCAUUGCUUGUCGAUUUUUUUGGAUUUCUUUUUUUCAAAAAAAUUUUUUUAAGGGAAUUUUUUUGCAGUUAGGAGUUUUAAAAAUGCCGAAUUUGAACGUAAUUUAAAACUUAUUGGGUUCAUAAUAAACCAAACGAAGAAAGGUUGGUUAGUGAUUACUUGAAGAUUUUUCGGAAUCUAGUCAAAAAAAUCAAGAUCCUUCCCCCCGCUCUAAUCGAAAGUUUAUCAGUUAAUAAUUUUUCUGGAAAAACCAUACAGUAAAGUAACUAUCAUUCAGCCACGUGAUUGUUUUUCUUUUUUUCUUUUUGUUUCUCGGGCCCGAUUCUCUACGCCCCUCGGCGCCUCCACAGGCGGCUUUAUCUCUCGUCGGUGGCCGCUGUGAGAGCGAUGAAACACUCACGUUCUCUUUGCGCUUUUUUCCCGUCCUCCACGGUCACCUCUUUUUUUUUUUUCUUUCGUCUGUCUCCUUUGAGUCGGUCCCCCUCGCUGCGUCUCUACCCCCAGAGAGUCUCCUCUCGAACCGCGGCCACCACCCUCGUCGCCUCGACUUUUUUUGUCCUCCCCCUCUCUAUCCAUUCCUAGGGGAGAGAGAGAGCGCCGGCGCUGCUGCCGCUCUGCCGCCGCCGACGACUUCUCGGCGGCCACCCCCAGGAUAUUCUCCUCCUCUCUGCGUCGUUUUGUCGAUCCAAACUCGAACCUGACAUUGAUCCAUGUGUACAUUUUUUGGUUCCCUAGGUCUGAUUAGCCUUUUGGGUGACUUUUUGACUUUUUUCGAGCUUCAACUUUCUCCAGAUGUUAGAUGAUCUUCUACUUAUUAGAUGAUAAAAAUUCCUAGAUAAGUUGAUUUUUUGGCCCUCUUUGACUUCAGCUAGUAGUCCUUAACAGCCUGAGUAGAUUUUUCUAGGUUUAAAGGGACUUUUUGACUUUUUUGGAGCCUCCGCGACUUGUUGAAUGAUAGAAAUUCCUAGAUAAGUUGAUUUUUUGGCCUUCUUUGACUUCAGCUGUUAGUCCUCAAGAGUCUGAGUAGAUUUUUAAAGGUUAGAGAGACUUUUUGACUGUUUUCUACCCCUUUUUGAGAUUGGAUAAGUCAAUUUUUGGAGCUGAAUGAGGAUUUUGUGUAACUUUGAACAGUUUUAAAUCUUUAUUCGAAGUUUUCAAGGCUAUUAUUUUGGCUUCUAGUAUUUGGAGAAAGACAUUCCUGAGCACUUUUUGGAAUUUUUGAAGAUCCUACUGGACCUGAAAUAGAUUGUAAGUUCCUAGGUGUUCCUUCUUUAGAUCAAUUAGAGUUAAAAGUGCCUUUUUGACCUUUUUCGAGAGAAUUUUGGGAUUUUUCUCGAUUUUUGGAUGGAUUCCGUGGACAGUUAGGACAUGAAAAUUUCAAGAUUUCUAAGCCUUUUGAGAAUUUUUCGGAAGCUUUUCGGAAAAUUGAGGCUAUACGUACUCUAAAGAUGCAUCUUUUGAGCAAUUUUUGGAAAAAAAAAAUCCUUUUUUUCUUUUUAUCAGUCUGAUGAGGUAUUUGGUGGUUUUGGAUGAUUUUUUGACCUUUUGAAACUUUUCUUUCCAAGUUGGGGUUUAGGUGAAUUUUUCCAUUCUGAAGCUUUUUUGCAUAUUUUCGAUUUUUUUGUAGCUUUUUUUUCGCGUUUCAGAGCAUUCUAAUAGUUUUUUUAUCAUUUUUGAUAUCUUAUUUUUUUGAAAUUUGUAUAACGAAGAAUAAUUUUUUUGAUACUAUGUAAAUUGUAGACAGUAAGAUAACAAUUAUCGAAAAGAAAAAAAGUAUUGAAGAAUUUUUUUCGAAUUUGAGAAAAAGGGGUAUAAAAAAAGAAGACAAGAUGUCAAUGAAAAUUUGAGCAAGGAAUGAAUUUUUUGUCGUCGAUUCCUUAAUCCUAAUGAAUCAUAAGGCGUAAAUCCCAUAAGUUUCUAGCUUUUAUCAGCUUCGAAACUAGGGAAAUUUCGAUUCGCAACAGUUUUUUGAAACGUAUUUGAGUGGGAUGACUUUAAAAAGGGAUCAUAUGACGACAAACCAUGAUUUUUUUGAGUUUUAUCAGUUUUAAACAUUGAAAAUGAUGAUUGGUAACAUUUUUUUUUGAAUAUAAAGUCCUGAAGUGGCUUUUAAAAAAACGCUCAGAAGGCAAAAAAAUCAUGAUUUUUUUGAUUUUUUUAUCAGCUCUAAAGCUACAAAUUUAUCGAUUCACAAGAUUUUUUUCGAAGAAUCAAGCUUUUUUUAAAAAUUAUGCAUAAGAAAUAAGUAGAUUAUGCACUCAUAAAGCGAAAAAUCCGAUGAUUUUUUUCAAAUUUUACUAGCUUUCAACUCAGAAAGUGAUGAUUUUUAGCACAUUUUUUUCAACGUAAAAUGCUAUUUUUUUCGAACAAAAUGUCACGAAAUGACUUCAAUGAGCACCUAAAAAGUGAAAAACCCAUGAUUUUUUUAACUUUUAUCAGCUUAAAAACUGGGAAAAUUAUCAAAUUGCAACAUUUUUUUCAAUGCAAAUGAUUUUUUUAAUGAAUUGUAACAUAUUUUUUUCAAACCAAAAUGCUUUUUUUAAAUAAAAUGUCAUGAAAAAGACCUCAAUGAGCACCUAAAAAGUGAAAAAAACCCAUGAUUUUUUUAAAUUUUUAUCAGCUUCAAAUUUAAGAAAAAUUAUGAAAAUGCAACAUUUUUUUCAACGCAACACGCUUCUUUUUUUUUCUCUCAAUGUCACGGAAUGACCUUAAAAAGCGCCGAGGCUAGGAUGGGAGGGGGCGCAAUUUUCCCCGUUCUCAGCGACCCGCCAGACAGUUUUUUCGCGAUUCUCCCAUACUCCUUGGCCUUUUUUCUACACCCCUGUGUUUGGUUCCGUAUUUGGGCCGCGCGGACUUUUUUUUUCAACCUUUAUCUGACGUUUUUGUUGUUUAGGGUUGAGAACAGUAGGUUUAUGAGGUGAAUUGUGGUUUUAGGGCUUUUUAGGACUAUGGGAAUGAUAUUUAGAAGGCCUGGUUUUCAUUUUAGCCCUUUUUGAGCAUUUGAACGUUUUUAAAACUAUCCAAAUUGAACUAUAGACUUUUCUAAGCUUUUUUAAAGAUAGUUUGUUGUGCGUUAGAGCGUGUUUGAAAGAUGGAUUGUUGUGCGCCAGUGCGUGUUUAAAGGACCCACAGGUCAACUAGAAAACUCUUUGUUAGAUUGUCAAAACUAUAAUAACAAGAUUCGAAUAGGUGUAAAUAAAAUCUAUUAAAAAUUUUGAAAAGAACGGAAAAUUUUUAUAGGGUAGUUGAGCGCCAGGGCGUCUUUUCUAGGGCGUGUUUCCUUUAUUGAAUUUUUUAUAAGAAUCUGAGGGUUUUUCAAGCCUUUUUUGUAAUCGUAUCAUUUUUAGGGGUUUGUAAUUUGGUUUUUAAGAUGUAAUGCCCUUUUCCUGAGGACCAUACUUUUUUACGAAAAAAUUUAAAUAUCUGCAUUUUCAUUUCCAUUUUUUGUUGAGACGGUUUUUUUUUUUGAACUAUCAGAGCGUUUUUUUGUUCAGUUCGUGGUUCAGAAUUAAUAUAUUGAGGAUUUUUUUCAUUUUUCAAAUUUUUCCCAGAGGCUAUUUUUUUAUUUCUAUGAGACAGCAUUUCAAAGCCUCAAUUUUUCAAAUUCUACGGUACCUUUUUUUAUUUAUGUAAGCUUUUUCCCGAUUGAUUUGAGGUUCAAGGAGAAUUUAUUGAACAUAUCGUGUAAUUUUUUUCAAUACAACGAUGCUUUUUAAUUUAUGUGAGAUACGAUUUUUUUAAUCGUUGGUUUGGGUGUUUUAUGGAAGAUUUUUGAGCAUUUUUGGCGAAAAAUAAAUUGAGGAACAUAAAUUUUGGAAGAACCGUCUUAUUUGGGAUAAAAACGUAUAUAAAGCUGAAUUUUUCAUCUUUUUUAGUUUUUGUAUUUUUUUCCCUUCAUGGUGGUAAAAAUGAGAAGGGGAAUGUUUAAAAAUCGUUUUCAAAAUUUUUCAGAUUUUCAUGUAGCCAAAAACUUCUUCCAAAACCCCCAAGUGGCCUCUUUUGCUUUUUAACCACUUCAGGGAUCACUUAAGCUUUUCAUAUUUUAUUCAUAAGGCUUCGAGUAGGAUAUUUAUUAAGAAAUUUAGACAAAAAAACAUUUUUCAACGUUUGAAAAGAAAAUCCCUUAAAAGACCACUAGGCUUUUUUGAAUUUUUGUUACAUUAUUUUUUGCCGAUUUUAUUUUCUGAUUCAAUUUUUUUGAGCCCUUGUAGGGACCACUUGAACUCUUCAUCACAAAAAUUAAAGAGAAAAUCAUCUUAGAGACCACUUAAGUGGCUUCUUUGACCUUUUUCUUUGACUCAAUUAACUUCUCAGCUUUUUAAGGGAUCACUUGAACUUUUGAUACGAAAUUCGAAGAGAAAAAUCACUAAAGUAGCUUCUUAGAACUUUUCCGAGUCAUUUCGUGCUGAUUUGUUUUUCUUAAUCAACAUCUCAGCUCCUUCAGGGACCCCUUGAACUCUUCUUCACAAAAAUUGAAGAGAAAAUCAUCUUAAAAACCACUUAAGUGGCUUCUUUGACCUUUUUCUUUGACUCAAUUAACUUCUCAGCUCCUUAAGGGGUCACUUGAACUUUUGAUUCGAAGUUUGAGGAGAGAAAUCAUCUUAAAAACCACUUAAGUGGUUGCUUUGACCUUUUUCUUUGACUCAAUUAACUUCUCAGCUCCUUUAGGGAUCACUUGGACUUUUGAUCAUCCGAAAAAGGAGAAAAAGCAUCUGAAAAACCACUAAAGUACCCCCUUCGAACUUUUUCGAGUCAUUUCGUGCUGAUUUUUUUUUUCCUCGUCCAACUCUGCUCGCUACAGCAGCGGCUGGCGGCAGCCGAGAGCACUUUUUUUUUUCCUUCCUUCCUCUUUUUCUCUUUUUUUUUUCUCGUCCGUUCGUCUUGCAGUCGUUUUGCGCUACCCUCGGGCUUUUCCAUCAUUGAGCGGCUGGCCGUCGGCGCACCUCUGGGGGUAGCGACGUCCAUAAAAAACGAACGGAACGCCCGAUUUUUCCCCCCACCACAAAGAAGUCUUUUUCCCUUUCUUUGUACAAGAUGCAUCUGGGAACAAAUUUUUAAUGGAAAGUCAAGGGAGAAUAUAUUUUGGUAGGAAACAAAGAAAUUAUCGGCAUGAGAAGUGCUUUUUUUUCGAGAGGGUAGGAAAAGUUGAGAAUUUCGCAGGAUUUUUCGAAGAAAGGUGUAUAAAUUCAUCACUGAAAAAAAUUUUCUGCCAUAAAUUCAAUGCAAAAAUUCAUAAAAGAUCAAAAUGCUGAUGAAAAUUUGGGAAAAAAAGUUGAAAAUUAGAUUAGGCGUGAAAUCUGGUGUUUAGUGUUCCUUGUCGGUGUAUGCACACUUUAGGCCAACAGUACUCAUAUUUUUAAAUUCCAUGGUUUUCGUUUAUUUUUAAUAUGAGUUUUUCGCUUUACUAGAUCAAAUUUGAAUUUGGUGCAGAGAAGUUCGGCAUAUUAAGAAUUUUUUAAACGUUAUGUAUGAAAUCUUGAACUUUUUUGCCCUCUUCGAUUUUUUUUUCGAAACGCAGAACGUUGGAAGAGUUGACUCUGAGGGAACACAUGACUUUUUUUGCAAGCUUUUUUUUUGGCCACGAAACUUUCGCUCACACAGCCUCACGAUUUGAUGGAAAAAAAAAUGGUUUUGUGGGUCGACGGCCGUUUUUUUCGGCCUUUUUUUUUGAAAAUGCCCUUUCCUACGAUUUUUCUCCUCCUCCCUUUUUCGGAAAUGAAAACGUGUUGCUAAAGCGACUUAUAUUAUUUCGCUCUUUGAGACGCUUUUUCCGAACAUUUUUUGUACGAUUUUCCGGAAUGUCUGACGAGGUUAAUUGCGAAUUAAUGCUCUCUCAAUUAGUCUGAGAUUAUUUCGUUAAAAAGUUGAUGUAAUGAGAAUUUUUUUCUCACUUUGAAAAAAAGAUUUCAUAGCUUUUUUUCUGAUUUAUACCAAGAUUUUUUUGGUUAUUUUUCAAAUUUUUUUGAGAUCAAAUUUUUCAGAUUUUUUUCAAAUUUAUGCUCAUUUUCCGCUCAAAAUUGAUUAUUUCAUGCCCCUUUUUGAAGUUUUUUUUUUCCAAGCAUCAAUCAAAAACCGUGCCGCAACUUGCACAUUAGGCCACGCCCACAUAAAUCUUUUCAGGAUUUUUUCGUUUUUCAUCAUUUUUCAUGUCCUUUUUUGACGUUUUCUUAUUUUUCCAAGCAUUAAUCAAUCAAAAACCGUUUCGCAACUUGCACAUUAGGCCACGCCCACAUAAAUCUUCUCAGGAUUUUUUUUUUCGAUUUUCACUAUUUUUAUGUUCAUUUUUGUUCAAUCGAUUUUAUGAAAUUUUAACUCUGAAAAUUAAUUUUUCAAUUUUUUCCAGACCGUCGCGGUCAACGGGUACAUACUCGCGACGAAAAAAGGAUAGAAGGAAGGUUCUUGGCCGAAAAAAGGGACGGAAAGAAGAAGUUAUUUGGUGCGGGUAACACGUGGGCUGGAAGGAGGGUUAUGCUUUAAGCGACUCGACUUUUUCACACCUGUAAUAGGUGGGUUUUCGAAUAGAAUUGAGAAUAUUUGGCUUGAAAACAAUGAAAAUUAGCUUUUUGAGAUGAGAGACUGUGGAAAAAGCUGCGUAUUUUAAGACGGAAAGGGAAAUUUUUGGCUCAGAAUAAAAAAUUUGAGCCCUUUUCAGCAGUAGAACUAUUGAAAUAAUGUAUAUUUCAUCUUUCAAAGUAAAUCGAAAAGAUUUGGCCUCAAAACGAAAAAUUUGAGACAAAAGCGAGAGAUCAGGGGGUCCUGAAGAGACGCCAGAGAGUUAGACAGUCUCGUUUCUCUGGCGUCUCUUCAGCUUGUCGUUGAUCUCUCAAACUCUGAUUUUUUUCUGGAAUUUGUAUUUUGAGAAGAAAUUAGUCGAUUCAUGCAUAAAAAACUGUGAAAUACUUUAAAUUUGAAAUUCCGAGACUUUCGAUUUUUUUUUAGUUGAAAAUUAAGCCUUUUAAAUUUUUAUCGUGAGAUCAACGGUAUACGGAAGAGACGCCAGAGAAAUGAGAGAUUUUUUCUUUCUCUGGCGUCUCUUCAGAUCACUUGAAUCUCGAAAUCGAAAGGAAGAAUAUUAUAUUUUGAAAAUUUUCAUCAUUUUGAUCACUGAAAAUUGUCACCUUUUUGAUAAUAUGCAUUUUUUGGUGGAUUUUAUUGAUUUUUAAUCAAAAGUCGACUUUUAAAAAGCUUUGGUUAGAGAUCUGUGGUGGCCUGAAGAGACGUCAGAGAAGUUAGAGAACUCUAGUUUCUCUGGAGUCUCUUCAGGGCGCUGUUGAUCUCUCAUAAUGUGAAAAUCUGAAGGAAAUGUUAGGUUUUUUGAAAAAAUUUGAAGUUCUCUUCAUUUUCAAGUGCCCUUUUGAAGUAUCUGAACCAGAAAAAGCCUGAAAAUCGAAAAAUAAGGGUUCGCUUUCAGAUCUGAAAUAUCCGUACAACGUACGAAAAAAACAAGAAAAGGAAAAAAAGCUGAAAGAAGAUGUCGACGGCGGCAGAAAUUGUUGAAAGAUUCGACUCGCGGUGCAGCGAUUCGGGCAACGAACACGGCUCGGCUGGCAGUGGGAGUGAGGAUUUUUUUGGGAUUCUUAGGCAGUUUUAGGGAAAUUUUUGAAAAUGUCAUUGAGUUUUUUGCAAGCUCUGCAGGUUAGAAGAGCAUUUUGAACCACGAAAAAAAAACUUUGGACGGUUUUUUCAGCUUUUCCUGGCUGGAGGUGAUAGUGUGAGCGAUUUUUUUCGUUUUUGGAGAUUUUUAGGGGAAUUUAGAGUCAUUUUUUAAAGUACUGAAAUUGGAAAAUAUGAAAUAUUGUCUAUUUUGAAGCUCUCUAGGGUCAGACUCCUCAUUGUAAACGUGGGUUUUUUCCCAUUUUUUGAGAUUUUAAUGAGGCAUUUUCAGAGUUUUUAGGGAGUUCUAGUGAGAAAAAUGCCCCUUUUUCAUUUUAAAGCCCUAUUUUGAAGAUUAAAUUGAGAUUUUUAGAGCUUUCCUGGUCAUUUUGGACCACAAAAAAAUAUAUAUAUUUAUAGCCGUUUUUUCAGCUUUUCCUGGCUGUAGGUGAUAGUGUAAGCGAUUUUUUUCGUUUUUGGAGAUUUUUAGGCAAGUUAGUCAUUUUUUUCAAGUACUGAAUAUGGGAAAUAUGAAAUCUUGUCUAUUUAGAAGCUCUCCAGGUUAGAAGUGCAUUUUCGGAAGAAAAAAAAAAUUUGGACGGUUUUUUCAGCUUUUCUUGGCUCAUAGGUGAUAGUGGGAUAUAUAAAAAGUGGCUUUUUUGGAAAUUUUUUUAGGGAAGUUAGAAACAAAUUUUCUUUGAAGUACUGAAACUGGAAAAUAUGAAAUUAUGCCUGGGAAAAAAAUCUGGUCGAAAGGUUGAAGUUUUUGUGAAGUUUUAAUAGAAGUUUCUGUUGAAAAGAAGCGUUUUGAUGCAAAUUUUUGACCUAUAAACGAUUUCUUUUGAUUUCAGUAGUUCUGACGUGAAAUAACUAUGUUUUUUGAGGUCUUAUCCUUAUGGUAAAUCGAAAAUUAUCAUUGUAAACGUGGAUUUUCUCCCAUUUUUUGAGUUUUGUACUUUCCGGCUAGUACUUUUAGAAGUAGAAGUGAGGUAUUUCCGUACUUUGGGACUUUCUGAAUAUGGGCUUUUUCAGGCGAUCACAUCGUGACGACCUCCCUGGGCAACAACUAUGGAGUUUCGCUGGGCGCGGCGACCUUUACCAGUCCCGCCACGACGAAUAUUGGCGAUUUUUGCACUCCACAUCCCGGUUUUCGGGUCCGUUUUCCACGCAAAUCAUCAAACUCACAAUGAAAAUGAGGAAAAAAGACUGAAAAUUGUCCUGAGUUUGGAAUGGCUCGCUGUGUUGCGGUCGCGUCGCGGUUUUAGGUCAGCUAGGUCUUCUGGAAGCUGUUCUAUCCUACUGCGCCCAAGUAGCUUCAGAUCGGCUGCGUUUUGAAAUUUAAAGCCAUUCCAAGUGCCACCUUGGCUUCUUGAUCUCCUAUAGAAAACAGAAAAAACGACUUUAAAAAAUUGUCUCUGGCUUAAACUCUUUUUGACAUCUCCCAGCGGAAGCCGUUUCAAGUCGGGCGCGUUUCAGAAGAAACCGGACUGGUUCGGAGCCAUUCCAAGUGCGACCAUGGAUUCUUGAAACUGAAAAUAGAAUAAAAAUUCAAUUCGAAUCAGAAUUUUUCUAGUAGAAGGUAGAGUAGCUUGAUUCUUUUCGAUCGCGGCAGACACUAAAGCGUUUUGAUACCUCCGUGCGAAAGUCGUUUCAAGUCGGGCGCGUUUUGAAGCAACAGUGACACUUUAGAGUCAUUCGGACCAUGGGUUUUUCAUGUCUUAGUGGACAUAACUAGAUGGGAAAUUUAGUAACGAACUUGAAUUUUUCUGGUCGCACUUAGGCUCAUUCUAUGCUUUCCAAAAACUCUCGCGAAAGUCGUUUCUAGUCGGGCGCUUUCCCAAGCACUACAGGAGCUCUAGAGCCAUUCCAAGUGCGGUCAUGGCUUCUUAUACCCCCAGUGGACAGAUCAUGAAUAAAGGGAAGUUGGAAAGCGAAGUUGAAGUCUUCUGGUCGCAGUUGGGGCCGCUUAAUGUUUUUCUAUAUCUUUUUGCGAGAGCCGUUUUAAGUCGGGCGCUUUCCCAAGCAAUCGAGAAGCUCCAGAGAUAGUUAUAAUGAAGUUUUAAGUGAAAUUAAAUUCUUCUGAUCGCAAUUUGGAUCCAUUAAUGCUUUCCGAUAUCUCUUCGCGAAAGCCGUUUUGAGUCGGGCGCUUUACCAAGCAACCCAUAAGCUCCAGAGCCAUUCCAAGCGCGGCCAUAGCUUCUUGAAACCAAUUAGAAAGAUAUAAAAGCCAUUUUGAUCAAUAUCUUUCAGUCAACAACACUUUUCGACACACCGGAAUCGCUGGUCAAUUCGCCACAAUAUGAAAUGUUCUCGCCAAGCGCUACUCUAAUGGGUUUGUUUCUCAUAAUUUUGAUUUGAAAAUUCAUUAAUUGAAAAUCCAGUUUUUCCUCAUAUAAUUUUGAAAUCCCAGGCCGUGGAACGUCAACUGGACGCUGUGCGUCGUGCAGUAAAACUGGUCAACUUUCUCUGCAUUUCAACUGCUCCCAUAGGUACGGUUUCAGGGGCUUUUCCAGGGUCUUUGAUGAGUUUGAAGCUCAAAAAAUUGAUUUUUGGGAAUUUAGGAGGUCUCAAAGUGAUAAGAAUGUACAGAAAAAGCUUUUGAAAAAAUUCCUAGGACCAUUUUUGACGUUUUUGAUGUUAUAGAUAUGAAAAAAUAUUUCUAGGGAAUGGAAAGUCAAGAAAUCAAUAUUUUGGGGCUUUAGUUUAAUGAACUAUUGAAAAAUUCUAAUUUUUCCGGUUUUAUAAAACUAAACUACCAUUGAUCCUCUCGAAAAUUGUGAUUUUUUGGUUCAUUUCUUACUUAAUCGACUUUGAUUCCUUGAUUUUGGAUUUUCUUUCAAUUUUCCGAAUAUCCACAAAAAAAAAGUGGUCAAAACGAUGUGGAUUGCAUUUUGUAAUGAAAAAUAUCGAUUUCUAGGGUCUGUAGUUUAAUUCCGAACACAUUGGAGAAUAAGAUUUCCAUUUCUAGAGCUCAAAAUUUGAUUUUUAAAACCUUUAAAAGGGAAUAUUGAUUUAUGGGGGCCUCCGAUUUCAUUCCGAACACGGUUAGAGGAUAAAAUUCCCAUUUCUAGGACCUAAAAUUUGAUUUCAAUUGGGGUUUUGAAAGAAAAUAUCGAUUUCUAGUGCCUAAAAUUUGAUUCCAAUGGAUUUUUGAAAGAAAAUUACGAUUUCUAGUGCCUAAAAUUUGAUUCCAAUGGAUUUUUGAAAGAAAAUAUCGAUUUUUAGGACCUACAGUCUCACUCCGAACAAGAUAUAGAAAAUAGAAUUUCCAUUUCUAGAUGUAAAAUUUUAUUCCAAACAAUUUUUCAAAAGAAAGUAUCGAUUUUGAUUUCUGCAACCUGAAGAUUGAUUCCGAACACGAUUUAGUGGAUAAAAUAUCAGUUUCUGGGACCUACAGUUACACUCCAAAUAAGCCUUCAAAAUAAAUCAUCCACUUCCAGGACCUGCAACUCGUGCGCCUCGCAGCAGAGCAGCAACGUCCGUGGCAAGUCUUCGACGACGUCGAACGUCGAGAUCCGUUGCGGCGUCUGCGGAGCCGGUCCGGCCAUCCCGACCAACUUCCCGCCGACCGUCUUCUUCUCGCCGUCGCAGUUCUCGCAGCACGACGCGCCUAGGACCGCCGACAACUUGACGUCAGGUACUGAAAAGGGGACAUUUUUGAAAGAAGGCUUGGAGAGAGUACUGAAUGACCAGAAUAACCCGAAAAAGUUGAAAUGAAUACCGCGGAGAUUUUUUUAGGUUUCUUAUUAAAAAAAUAAUACGGUUAUUGAAUUAUUUCCUAAUUAACGACUUCAAAAAAAUUGUUAUUUAGCUAUCACGAAAAAAAUCUGCCGCAUAAUGGCUCAAAGAUUUUUUUGCAAGUGUGCUCCAGUGAACUCGAGCUGAAGUUAUCAAAAGACUUGCUCAUUUUAAAUAUUUCUAUGGAGUCAGAUUAAAAUGAACCACUUUUUUUUCCAUAUGAAAGCUCUUCACCUGGAGAAAGACGGACCUAACGGGUUUUUCCAACAAUUUUGACAGAAGGAGCCCUAGAAAAAUCAAUAUAUUUCGCAGACUAUCAAAAAUUUCUAGAGACAGCUGUAAAUGGACUAUUUUUCCCCAUGAAAGCUUUUCACUUCAAGAAAGACCGACCUGGCGGUAAAUGGAUGGUUUUUUCCAAUACUUUUGACAGAAGGAGCCCUAAAAAACCCUGUACUUUUCUUGGACUAUCCAAAAUUCUAAAGGCAGCUGUAAAUGGACUAUUUUUUCACAUGAAAACUUUUCAUAUGCUCAAAGACUCUCCUACCUUUAAAUCACCGAUUUUUCAUAAAAUCUCCACAAAAAACGUUCUCUGCAGACUACCGCGACGGCUCGAUUCUCAGCCAGAAAGCGCUCAAUUCCGUGGCCAGCCGCUCCUUGUCGGCCUCGUUCGCCAAGACCAACGGCAACGAUCUGACGAAGAACGGCCGUCAUCAAUUCGGCAACAUCCUCAGCGAGUUCAAUGGAGCGAACCCCAUCGAGCCCCUGAACAUGUGGAACACCAGCAUCGCCAACAUCGGGACGUCUUCGCCGGCUCACGACACUUUCGAGUCGCUCAAUAUGGUUGGUUUGGGGGGUGAAUGAUGCUCUAGGGAUCACUUAAGGGCUCUAGGGAUCACUUAAUAACUCUAGGAAUCACCUAAUGACUCUAGGGAUCACCUAAUGACUCUAGGGAUCACUUAAGGACUCUAGGGAUCACUUAAGAGCUCUAGGAAUUACUUUAGAACUCUAGGGAUCACUCAAACACUCUAGGGAUCAUUUAAGGACUCUAGGAAACACUUAAGAGCUCUAGGGACCACUUAAGGGCUCUAGGGAUCACUUAAGAAUCCUAGGGAUCAGUUAAAAACUCUAGGGAUCAGUUAAGAACUCUAGGGAUCACUUAGGAGCUCUAGGGGUCACUUGAGGACUAUAGGGAUUAAUUAAAAGCUCUAGGGAGCACUUCAGGAUUCUAGGGAUCAAUUAAGAGCUCUAGGAAGCACUUAAGAACCUUAGGGAUCACUUGAGAUAUCUAGAAAUCACUUAAGUACUCUAGGGAUCACUCAAGAACUAUAGGGAUCACUUAAGAACUCUAGGGAUCUUUCGAGAACUUCAGGAAUCCUUUUAGAACUCUAGGGAUCACUCAAGAACUCUAGGGAUCGCUUAAGAACUCUAGGGAUCACUUCAGGGUUCUAGGGAUCACUUAAGAGCAAUUUUUCUCUUGCCAGAGUCAAUUUUCAGGUCGACGACGCUCCCGUCUUUUCGCCGCUGAGCCCGCCGAGCAACAACAUGACGAUGCUUCUGCCGCCGCCGCCCAACUCGGCGCCGUUCCCGACGUCGCUCUGCCAGGGCUGCGCCGACGGCGAACGGUACCACUCCUCUGCUGGAAGCAUCUGAAAGAUCAUCUACAGAUCUGAAGCCUUCUGUGUCCAGUGCAAGGAGUUCCUCUGCCCCGGCUGCGUGCAGGCUCAUCAGCGUGUCCGCGCCACCAAACACCACAAAUUUGUGACGAUCCAGCAGUUUUUCGCUCACCUGGUGAGACCUGAUCUUGUAGGCUUUUUAGGAGGCUUUUUGGGUUUUAAGGUGACUUUUUAGAGAAUAGAUGGCUCUAGGGCUUCAAAAAUUGCUCUUUUCGAGCUCUAGGACAUUUCUAACGCGAAACAGACGUGCUCCGGACAUUUCUGGGGACCACUUUAGUAGCGUCAGCACUCUUAAGUGAUCCCUAGGACUGCCCAGGCAUUUCAAGUGACCACUUUAGUAGCGUCAGAACUCUUGAGUGAUCCCUAGGACUGCCCAGACAUUUCAAGUGACCACUUUAGUACCGUCAGAACUCUUAAGUGAUCUCUAGGACUGCCCAGACAUUUCAAGUGACCACUUUAGUAGCUUCAGCACUCUUAAGGGAUCCCUAGAAUCGCCCGGAAACUUCCGGAGCAUGUCCGUUUCGCGGUACUGAUGUCCGAGCUCACUAAACUCCAAAAAAGAUCAAUAUUUUAUAAUAUCAUUAUUCCUAACCAAAUCCCAAGACUUUGAAGGAUGCCUUGCUGACCAACGGCGGCGGUGGCUUCGGCGUUCUCGGAUCGCAGCGCGAACACUCGAUCGGCGACACGAGCAGCGUGAAUCGCAGCGGCGGCGGCGACGACAACUCUGGCGAGUCGUCGCCGCGAGCCGCCUCCGUCUGCGAGUUCCACGAGGCGCGGAUCGUCUGCGUCUGCGACGGCUGCGACAGCGUCGGCCUCUGCGCCAGCUGCAUCACUGGACAUCCGGCCGCCCAUCAUCUGACUCCAAUUGGUAAUUGCACAUCUAACUUUUGGCAGCAGUCAAGUUUAAGAGCAGCUUACCGUAACCACAGCCUAUCAUGCGCGUUUCGUUUCGAGACCCUAGGUAACGAGAAAUAGGACAUGUCCGGACAAUUCUAGGGAUCACUUUAGUAGGGUCAAAGCUCUUGAAUGGUUGCCAAACAGCUGAUAAAAUCUACAGUAGCCAGAGGCUUUCAUGCCAUUUUCGCUUCGAGACCGUUUGAAAAACACAAACUCUUUGGUCCGGUAGUAGGUGACGACUUCUUGAACCUUGGUAACGCUAAAUCGGACGUGUCCGGACAUCUCUAGUGACCACUUAAGUAGGGCCACAACUCUUGAGUGGUUACCAAAAAGCUGAGAAAAGUUUCCGUAAUUUCAGCUUUUCAUGCCAUUUUCGCUCCAAGACCCUUCAAAAAAGAUUGCAAAAACACAUGAUUGGUCCAGGAGUAGAUGGCGACCUCUCUGGCCUUGGUAACGCUAAAUCGGUCAUUUCUAGGGACCACUUUAGUAGGGUCAGUACUCUUAAGUGGUCACUAGAAAAGCUAUCAAGUUUGAAUCUCAAGGAGGACGUACUGGCUUCAAUCUGGGUAGACCCAAUCGAAGGCUUUCAAAAAUGGUCUCGAAGCGAAAUUUGGUAAACUGUUUUAAGGGAGGGAAUACGUGUCGAUCUGGCCGGAAACGUCAUACAAAUUCCUGGAAAAAAAAAUAUUUUGCUUCAGGAGACGUACGGUUGGCGAUCAGCGAGCUGGCGAACGAGUCGAGGAUGUGCGACAGAGCCUGCGAGAUGACACUCGAAGGCGUCCGGAACAUGAGCGAACGCGUUCAGAACGCCACACAUGUCAGAAGUUUUUCCUUAUCUGGAGUUCAGGGAAGAUAGUUUAUUUAUCAUUGACUUGAGGUCUUGUUGGGUUUUUGAGGGCCGUUAAUUUUGUUGAAGGCAAGAGAUCUGAGCCUUGUCAUUAUUGGCUUGAGAUGAUGUGCUCCAGAAUCCUAGACAUCUGAAAAUUUCGCCUGAAUUUGGAGUGUUGGGAAGAUAGUUCAUUCACCAUUGACUUGAGAAUUUUUGGCUCUUUAAUAGGCUUUUUGAGGCUAAGAGUUGUUCAUUUUUGAGUAGGCAAGAGAUCUGAGCCAAUACUGUUCUUCAGUUGCAGCUCUAUCAUUAUCGACUUGAAAAAAUGGGCCAAAAUUUGGCCGUCUUUGGAGUUUUGGGAAUAUAGUUCAUUCACCCUUGGCAUACGGACUUUUAGGCCUUUAAUAGGGUUUUUGAGGCGGAGAGGCCUCCAUUUUUAGUAGGCAAGAUAUCUGAGCCAAUAUUGUUCUUCAGUUGCAGCUCUACCACUAUUGACUUGAAAAAAUGGACCAAAAUUUGUCCACACUUGAUGUUUUUGGAAUAUAGUUCAUUCACCAUUAACUUAAGAUUUCUUAGCUUUUCAAGGUCUUUUUCUAGGCGGCCGAAGCGGAAAUUUGCGCGGCCAUCUUUGCCUACAUGAGCGCUUUGGAAGACCGGAAGCGGGACCUGCUCUCGAGAGUCGACACGAUCCGACAAGUCAAGCUCGCCAUUCUUCAGGCUCAGGCCGAGAGGAUCCUCAGCAAAAGGAGCUCCCUGCAACAGGUAUAAAAAAGAGAAUUUCGCAGUUUUGAAACUGAAAAAAAAACCUAAUUUCUGAAUUAGGCAUAGAGAAAUGGCCUUGGGAGAGGGUCGAGUAGAAGAAAAAUUGACGAAAAUUUAUGAAAAAAAUUUCAAUUUUUCAAGGUCAAAAAAAUAGAUUUUUUUGAAGCUUCUAGGCUUUUUUUCAAGCAAAUCAGAAUCACAGAUUCUCAGAAUAUUGAAAGAUUUUCAUUAGAAAAUUCACUUAGAUUUUUUUGAAAAAUUUGGAUUUUUCUGGAUAAUGAAAGUCCUACACUUGGCCGGAGAGGCAUUUUCUAUAAAGAUUUUUUUGGUUUUUUUGAAGUCUCACGGCAAAUUUUCAAUUAUUUUCAUGUCUUUUCACUUUUUCCAUGUAGAAAUAAGGUCCAUAAGACUUGUGAAAAAAUGAGAAAUGUCGGGCUUCAUGUAAUUUCACGCUGGGGUGCACGCAGCGAAUAAUAUUGAUUCUAGGAGAAAAAAAAACUCGUGAGAAAGAAUUUAUGAAGCGGGUUUUCCUAUAAAUUCACUGUCCGUGACAUUUGAAGUUGGUUUUUAUUUCAUCUAAUCUUUUUUAUGAGAUCAAUUUGAUCUUAAAAGAUAUCAUAGGAACUUUAAAGGUUUUUGUUUUUUUAAUUUUAGCUUUCUAUUAGUUUAUUAGACCUCGUUUUGCAUGUUUCAUAAGGAAACCUGUAAAAAAAUUGAGCUUGAAUAGUGUGAGAAGUCUUUUUGCGAUGAAGCAAUCUUGCUCACAAAAAAUAGCCUCUCCAGGGAAAAUUUUGUGCGAACCGGAAUCGUUGUUUUUUCGGCUUAUCCGGCUGUUUUUCGAUAUUUUUCGAUUUCUUUAUAGUUCGAAAGGCCUUGUUUUGCUUGUUUAACCAGGAAAACUGUCUGAACUUGGAGCUUGCCUAGAACGAGAGAUUUUUAGCGCUGGAGCAAUCUUGCUCACAAAAAAUAGCCUCUCCAGGGAAAAUUUUGUGCGAACCGGAAUCGUUGUUUUUUCGGCUUAUCCGGCUGUUUUUCGAUAUUUUUCGAUUUCUUUAUAGUUCGAAAGGCCUUGUUUUGCUUGUUUAACCAGGAAAACUGUCUGAACUUGGAGCUUGCCUAGAACGAGAGAUUUUUAGCGCUGGAGCAAUCUUGCUCACAAAAAAUGGCCUUUUCCGGGAAAUUUUUGUGUGAACCGGAAUGGUUGUUUUUGGCUUGUCCGGCUAUUUUUUUAUCAUUUUAAUUUUUUUAUCGAUUUUUUUGCGCUAGAAGACCUUAAAAAAAUCCGUAUUUUUAUCUCAAGAAUGAUAAACUAGACCAAGAACUAUUCAUUAAAAAGUUAACCAAAAAUAUAAUUAUUUUCAAAUUUAUUGAGUAGGCUCAAAGUGUUUCUAGCAAUAUGAGAAUGUCCCUUAGAUGUUAAGGAAAACAAUAAUAUAGCCGAUCCACGGUUAGCUUGGCUAAGGAGGCGUGGCCUGUCUGCGCUCUCCACGAACCAUACACUCUCUCUUUUUUUUUCAAUCGUGCCAAGACCCUUUUUCGAUGGCUCAAGUCAGCCGUGAAUCACCUAUAGUCAGAGAUCAUUCCUAUUCUAUGAUUUCCGAACUUCUCACUAUCCUGACCAAUUCCCACCGCCCUUUCUUAGAUGCUCAAGCUGGUCGACUCGUCGAUGGACGCCGGAGACGACGACGUCAAGCUGAAGGAGAUCUUCGAGCAGCUCGUCAACUUCAAGGUCCACGAGAACACGAUGACGUUCCAACUCAACGAAAACGACCUGCUCAAGUUCCACGGGCCCGACGUCAACCUUCUCACCAAGUCUGACACUGGCUUCGGAAUAUUCUGAAUAAUUGGAUUCCAGGGUCCGUCAUUUCGGCGAUCUGGAGAGCGGCCCCUGCGCCAAGACCAGCGUCUUGAGCGGGGAGAACUUUAAAAGGUACACAAAUCUAGAAAUUUCAAAGGAAAUGCUCGAUUUUCAGAUCUGUGGCUGGUCGAGCUUCCUCGGUGCUGCUGCAAGUUCGUGACGCCUGUGGCGAGGUUGUCCCCAACGCCGGCAUGUUCCUCGGACGUGACAUCCUCGUCUCGAUAUACUCGCCAAACGCGACUCCGGUUGAGAUCACGUCGACCAAGUGAGUUCCGGGAGGAGCUGGAGCAGCUCGGAAUCGCUCUGAGAUUCUGGGAAGAGUCACACAAUUAGAGGAGAAAGCUCAGUUUGGCUAAGGAGAAGCUGGAGCAGCUCUGAUCGCCUCUAGACUCAGAUUACCAACAUUAUAGUGAAACCUAGAAGGUUGUAGGAGGAGCUGGAGCAGCUCAGAGGGUUCGAAUCGCUCUGAGAUUCAGGGAAAAAUACCACAAUUAGAGAAGACAGCUCCGUUUGGAUGAGGAGAAGCUGGAGCAGCUCUGACCGCCUCUAGAUUAAAAUUACUAACAUCAUAGUGAAGCUUAUCAGGUUGUAGGAGUAGCUGGAGCAGUUGUAAGAAGCGUUUUUUUAAAACUAGAUCUGGAUAAGCGAUUCCUGUCGAGAUUCCAUAGAUUUAAUAAGAUUAGGAAGAGCUUAGGUAGGAGCUGGAGAAGCUCUGUUAGAAGAAAAAAUGUUCAGAUUAUUUUGUGAAGAUCAGGACGUCAAAAAUUGAAAAAAAAAACGUUUUUUCAUGAGCAGGAAGAGUCGGAGCAGCUCUAUAGAGCACUUUUUUGAAUUUUGAAGAUCAAAUUGGCUGAGCAAGUUCUAGUUAUGAUAAGGAGGAGCUGGACGAGCUUUUGAAUAUUCUCUCGAAAUCUUUGAAAUUGGUUUUUGAGAAGUGAAGGGAGUUUCUGAACUCUGGUGAAGCUCAGUUCUUCUAGGAGGAGCUGGAACAGCUCUGAAUUCUAAAACGUACUCGGACAUUGGUAACGGGCGUGCUCUGGACGUUUUUAGUGAUCACUUUAGCGGCGAUAACCCUUAAGGGAUCCCUAGAAUUGCACAGGAAAAAGCCGCGUCACCAAUGUCCGAGUACUGAUUUUUCUACAAAGAUCAUACCGGGAAUAAUUUUCAGACAACGAGACAACGGCAUCCUGGAGGUCUGCUACUACCCGGCUCUGGAAGGAACCCACACUUUGAACGUCCUCAUCCGAGGAGUCCCCAUCGCGUAAGCUCAACCUCCUCAAAAACUCACUUUUAACGUAUCUUCUAGUGGCUGCCCGACGACGAUCGACGUCCGCCGUGGAAGGAACUACGACGACGUCGCCAACAACGGCCCCCUGUUCACCUUCGGUCGCGAGGGAUUCGGCGACGGCGAGCUUUGCCGUCCCUGGGGCAUCUGCGUCGACCUUCGAGGUCGCGUCCUAGUCGCCGAUCGGAGCAACAAUCGCGUUCAGGUUGAGUUUUGAGAAAAUAGCCCUGCUUUUGAGCUUCCGAAAAAUAGCCGUGUUUUGUUACAAAAGCGAAGAACAGUGUUUAGGCUGAGUUUUGAGAAAAUGACAGCUGGGAUAACUGAGCCGCGAAGAAAUAGCUUUGCUGUUGAGCUUCCGAAAAAUAGCCGUGUAGAUCUAACAUCAUACAAAAGCGACGGAUAGCCUUUAGGUUGAGUUUUGAAAAAACUGAACUGCAGAAGAAGAACUGCGAAAAUUGAGCCGUAGAAAAAGAGCUAGGAGCAUUUAGCCCUGAAAAAAAUAGCCCUGCUUUUGAGCUUCCGAAAAAUAGCCGUGUAGAUCUUACAUCUCACAGAAGCGAAGAAUAUCGUUCAAGUCAAGUUUUAGAAAAGGAGACGCAGAAAAAAAAGCUGUGUAAAUUGAGCCGUGAAGAAAUAGCCCUGUUUUUGAGCUUCCGAAAAAUAACCAUGUAGAUCUAACAUCAUACAAACGCGAAGAUUAGUCUUCAGAUUGAGUUUUGAGAAAAUUGAGCCGCCGAGAAAAAGCGGCAAAAAUUGAGCCGUGAAGAAAUAGCCCUGUUUUUGAGCUUUUAAAAAUUAGCCGUGUAGAUUAAACAUGAUUCUAAAGCAAAUAGUAGCUUUCAGGUUGUGUUUUGACAAAAGUGAGCCGCAGAAAAAGAGCUGCGAAAAUUGAGCCUUGAAAAAUAGCCCUGCUUUUGAGCUUCCGAAAAAUAGCCGCGAGACUGUAGCCGCAACGGAUUUAGUUAGGAAAAAUAGCCUUUGAAUUUUCCUGUACAAUCAUGAUAAUAAAAAUUCCAAUUUUCGACGGUUUUAUGAGCAUCUCCAAUGGAAAAGCUUCUGCUUGAACUUGAAUUUUUACAUUUUCUAAAAAAAAAACCUUCCAGGUCUUUGACAAGGACGGCAACUUCCUAUCGAAGUUCGGCACGAGUGGCAACCGCCCAGGACAAUUCGACCGACCUGCCGGCAUCACGACCAACUCCCUGAACAACAUCAUCGUGGCCGACAAGGACAACCAUAGGGUCCAGGUCUUCGACGAGAACGGCAACUUCGUCCUCAAGUUCGGCGAGCGCGGACGCACCGUCGGCAUGUUCAACUACCCGUGGGGCGUCGCCUGCAACACCAACAACUUCAUCGCCGUCUCCGACACGAGGAACCAUCGCGUUCAGGUAUAGAGUAGUUGAGACGUGGGUGGCUAAGAGGUCACUCAAGGGGCCACUUGAUCUAGGGCACUGGUAGCGCGCGCAACUUCACUAAAGUAGCACUUAGACCUCUAUAGUGGCCACUAACUUUUAACCCCUUAAUUGGCUACUAAUUUUACUGCUAUAGUGGCCACUUUAACGUCAAAACCCUAUAGUGGCCACUAAAACGUCAAAACCCAAUAGUGGUCACUAAAAUGUCAAAACCCUAUAGUGGUCACUAAAACGUCAAAGACUUACAGUGGCCACUUUAACGUCAAAACCCUAUAGUGGUCACUAAAACGUCAAAGACUUACAGUAGCCACAAAAACGUCAAAACCCUAUAGUGGCCACUAAAACGUCAAAACCCAAUAGUGGUCACUAAAAUGUCAAAACCCUAUAGUGGUCACUAAAAUGUCAAAACCCUAUAGUGGCCACUAAAAAUUUUGCCAGUUGUUUUAUCCUCCUAUCUCGCUCGGACCUCGGUAACGCAAACGGGACACGAAUCGGACGUGUCGGGGCAUUUCUAGUGACCACUUUAGUAGCCUCAGAACUCUUAAGUGAUCCCUAGAAUCGCCCGGAGCACGUCUGUUUCGCGUUGCCAAUGUCCGAGCGGGGGAAAGAAACCCGGACUUUUCUGAGCGAUUUUAGGGGUCACUUAAGGGUGCUGACGCUACUGAAGGGGUCACUAGAAAUGCCCCGACACGUCCGAUUCGCGUCCCGUUCGCGUUACCAAGGUCCGAGUUAGACGCAAAAAAAAGUCGGGGCAUUCCUAGUGACCGCUUUAGUAGCCUCAGAACUCUUAAGUGAUCCCUAGAAUCGACCGGAGCACGUCCGUUUCGGAUUACCUGUGUCCGAGCGCUAAAGAAACCCGGACUUUUUUGAGCGAUUCUAGGAUCACUCAAGGGAGCUGACGCUACUAAAGUGGUCACUAGAAAUGCUCAUGCGAGAAGACAUUGAAAUCCUGCCUUUUUUCACUUUAAUGAAUUUUUUUCUCAUCUCUAUACGUACUCGGACAUUGGCAACGCGAAACGGACGUGCUCCGGACAUGUCGGGGCAUUUCUAGGGAUCACUUAAGAGCGUUAAGGCUACUAAAGUAGCCACUAGAAAUGCCCCGACACGUCCGAUUGCGCGUUACCAAGGUCCGAGUAGGUUAAUGAUACUUCUUCAAAAAAAAUUAACUUUGCAGAUCUUCUCGCCCCAAGGCCAAUUCAUCCGGAAGUGCGGCUUCGACUCGGCCUACUUCUUCAAGAACCUCGACUCGCCACGCGGCCUGUGCUACCUGCCCGACGGGCAGCUUCUCAUCACGUAUUUUUAAGAAGUUUCUGAACGAAAAAGCCAAUUUUCCCCCUCUUCCAGGGACUUCAACAAUCACCGUCUGGCCGUGCUCGCGCCACGAAACUCGUCCGAAAUGAAGGUGUACGGUAGCGAGGGCGACGCCGACGGGAUGUUCGUCCGGCCCCAGGGCGUCAAGACCGACUCCGAAGGCAAUAUCCUGGUCUGCGACUCGAGAAACAACCGGAUCCAGGUGAAAAUGGAGCAUGCGUGAAUCGAAUUGAAUAAGAACCUUUUGAAGGUCUUCGCCGCGGAUGACAUGCGAUUCAUCGGCUCGUUUGGCCUCGCGCCAGCUUCUCCCGGCUUCCAGAUGCCCGCCGAACUGCCCACUCCAUUCCAGGUAAACUGAAGUCGUUUCUAGGGCGAUUUGUAGAGAUUUGAGCUUAAUUUAGUGGUCAGUCUUCUAAAAAUGCACGGAAUUCCCAAAAAAAAUUUUUUGGCGCGAAAUUUGAAACCUCAAGUACGCAGCCAAAUGGGGAGUACGUGCCGUUGAAUACUCAGUUCAAUUUGCAACGUAUAGGUUCUAGGAGAAGGGGGGGGUUUUGUCUUCUAGAUUUGAAAUUCUGAGACGAGGGGUGGGGGAGUUUUGUCUUCAAGAUUUGAAUUCCAGGCAAGGGGGGGUUUUCGCCUUCUAGAUUUAAAUUUGAGACGAGGGGUGGGGGGGAGUUUUGUCUUCAAGAUUUGAAUUCCAGGCAAGGGGGAAAGUUUUGCCUUUAAGAUUUGAGGGGGAAUGAAGCCUUAGCCCCCCCGGCUCAAGCUUUUCCUCGAAUACUCAAAAAAAUUGAUGAGUUCUAGGUGAUCCAUUUCACCUGGAUUACGGUUUUUUUCAGAGCUUCUAGCUUUCAGGCCAGUUUUAUUCCCCCUGAAGAUUUAUUAGGUCUAGGCGAUCAUUUUCUCCCUGCAUAAUGUAUUUUUUAACCGUCAAGACAAUUUUAUCCAUCUGAAGCUUCUCCCUCAAAGAAAUCCCCUAAAGUGAUCCCUUUUUCCUUUUUCAGGCGAUCGGCGGUCCAUUCGGAGCCCCAGGCUUCACGACACCGACGCCGGUGACGCCAAGCGCCCGGCCGAUCCUCGACCGACCCACAGACUUGGCCGUCGGACCCGAUGGCCGGAUCUACGUCGUCGACUUUGGCAACAACUGCAUCCGCGUCUUUUAA